CAGUACCAGCUCCGUUGAUGGACGGCGGAGUAGAGGUUGUCAACCUUCACGAGUACAUCGUGAAGAUUGACCGCGAGUUCAAGACGCAAUGGUACGACGACAUCGACGCACCAUUGCUAUACAUACGCAUUCAUAUCGGUGAGGCGACCUGCAGUGCCUUGAUCGAUUGCGGAGCAUCUCGCAACUACAUCAGCCAGGACUUCAUGGUGCGCGCCGGCCUUGGCCCACGUGUCCGGAGGAAGUCCCAGCCUACGCAAGUCACGUUGGCAGACGGUCAUACGCACAAGUCAAUCGACCGGUGCAUUGACGCUGUCCCCGUGUACUUUGCCCCUCACGCAAGUGAGGCGGUGUCCUUUGACAUUCUGGACACCAAAUUUGACAUGAUCUUGGGCAUGGCAUGGCUGCGAAGCGAGGAUCACCCGGUGAACUUCUUCAACCGCACCGUUCACAUUCGUGAUCGGAACGGAGUACUAGUUCCAUGCACGGUGCCUCUUCCUCAUCCUUCUAUCAACUGCCACGUGGUAUCCGCCGCAAGCAUGCGAGCAUCCAUCAUCAGAGACGACAUCGAGGAGAUGGGKGURUGUUUUCYCSACGCCCUCCCGCCCCGAGACGCUUCAUCGACGGACUCAUCUUCGGAUCCACGCAUCACCGAGCUUCUCGACGCUUACAGCGACGUGUUCGAAGGCCCGCACGGAGUAACGAUCAGGAACGCCGGCCCUCUCCCACGCAUCGACGACCUUCUCGAGCGAUUGGGCGGCGCCCAGUUCUUCUCUAAGCUGGAUCUCAAGUCAGGGUACCACCAACUCGAGAUUCGCAAGGAGGAUCGCUACAAGACCGUGUUUAAGACACGGUAUGGGCAUUUCGAAUGGCUGGUCAUGUCGUUUGGCCUUACGAAUGCCCCAGCCACUUUCCAAGCGGCUAUGACAACGGAGUUCCAACACAUGCUGGAUCGGUUUGUACUCAUCUACCUCGACGACAUCUUGGUGUAUAGUCGGAGUUUGGACGAGCAUGUGGAACACCUGCGCACGUCGGAGUUUGGACGAGCAUGUGGAACACCUGCGCACCGUUUUGGAGCGGCUACGACAAGCCAAGUUAAAAGCAAACCGCGACAAGUGCGAGUUCGCACAGCAGGAGCUGGAAUACUUGGGACACUAUGUGACGCCGCAAGGCAUCCGUCCGCUUGCGGACAAGAUCGAGGCCCUACGAGUAUGGCCCGAGCCCACCAACACCAGGGACGUUCGUUCAUUCAUGGGAUUGGCGGGCUACUAUCAACGAUUCAUCACCGGAUACUCCAGGAUUGYUGCACCUAUGACGAGGUUACAGUCGCCAAAGGUGCCAUUCGUAUUCGAUGAUGCCGCACGCCGGUCAUUCUAAGCACUUAAGACG